UUUUGUUGUGGCUGGCGGAACAUCACCGGCUAUAUUAUCGCUGUAUAGUUACGCCGCGUCGCACGUUGCUAGUUAGUUGCAAUGUUGUAGCUAUAGCGCGAUAGCCAAUCCUUCGCUGGGAGGGGAACCCACCGAGUAGUUUGACAAACAUACGGAGGGAAUUCUCACUCACUAUUCAACUGCUGGUCAACGGAAAUCACUCACCCAAAUAGUAACGUUAGGUAGCUGGUUGUCUUGUCAUUCUCCUAACCAGCUAGCAUAGCCUAGCCCGGUAGCCUAGCCCGCUAGUUAGCAAGCUAUCCAAUCGCGUUCUACUGUCUACUCCCUCCGUGUGAACAGUCUCCUGCCCAGCUGGAGGACCAUGGCGAUGAGACAGACUCCGCUCACCUGCUCCGGUCACACCCGGCCUGUGGUGGACCUGGCCUUCAGUGGAAUCACUCCCUACGGCUACUUUCUCAUCAGCGCCUGCAAGGAUGGCAAGCCCAUGUUGCGCCAGGGAGACACAGGGGACUGGAUAGGAACGUUUCUGGGUCACAAAGGCGCUGUCUGGGGAGCCACUCUGAAUACAGACGCCACCAAGGCAGCCACUGCUGCAGCUGACUUCACAGCAAAGGUGUGGGAUGCAGUGAGUGGAGACGAGGUCCUCACACUGGCACACAAACACAUCGUCAAGACUGUCACCUUUACUCAGGACAGCAACUGUCUGCUGACUGCAGGAAACGACAAGCUGCUGCGCAUCUACGAUCUCAGCAACCCUGAAGCAGCACCUCUGGAGAUUGCAGGUCACACCUCAGCCAUAAAAAAAGCCUUGUGGUGUAACAACGACAAGCAGAUCCUCUCUGCUGCCGAUGACAAAACCAUACGGCUGUGGGACAGGAGCUCCAUGGAGGAGGUGAAGACGCUAACGUUCGACACGUCAGUGAGCAGCAUGGAGUAUGUGGCGGAUGGAGAGAUACUUGUGAUCACAUACGGAAAGACAAUCGCUUUCUACAACGCUCUAAGCCUGGACCUGAUAAAGACAGUGGAGGCCCCGGCCCCUAUCAACUCAGCCUCCCUCCACCCAGAGAAAGACUUCUUUGUUGCCGGUGGAGAGGACUUCAAGCUCUACAAAUUUGACUACAGCACUAAAGAGGAGCUGGAGUCCUAUAAGGGUCACUUUGGUCCAGUGCACUGUGUUCGUUUCAGUCCGGAUGGCGAGCUGUAUGCCAGCGGCUCUGAGGAUGGCACGCUCCGACUGUGGCAGACGGCUGUGGGGAAAACCUAUGGCCUGUGGAAGUGUGUCCUUCCUGAGGACCUGGGGGCCGAGAACUCUGAACAGAUGUACACGUUGGCCCCUGAGAUCAAAGCAUGAGGAGGAAGCAGUGCUGUUUGGAAA